ACAACCGGCAAGGAACAAACAAGUAAUUAGUCUCAAUCAGGUAUUCAAGGUGAUCAGAGCAGGUUCUGUGUUUCUGAUUGAAUUUAAAUUCUUCUGUCAUGUGUUGGGACGCGGCGUGGGAUUUUUAGGCUCUGAUUAAUGCACCGAAUGUUCUGAUGUUACCUGCCAACACACGAAACGAGGCAAAAUGAACUUCUGAGGAGUUUGGAGGUCUAGUAGGAUGCUGAGUAUCUUUCCUCCUCGCCACUGCUCUCAACCCUGCUCUCCAUGACCUGAGAGCGCCACCACAGCGGGAGGAACGAAACACUAGAGAGAGAGAGAGAGAGAGAGGAAGAGGAGGACAGAAGGCCAGGGAAGAAAGGCAGGCCGGAAGGAAGAGACUUUUUUGUUGUUAUUGUUUGGUUUCCCUUUCUGAGAUGGCGGCAACGGAGGCCAGCACAGCACCAGUGGUCCAGGAAGAUGGAAAAAGCACUGAAAGUAAGCCAGCAGAGGUGGAGCAAGCGGCCAAAAACGCCACCACGAGCUCAGAGACUGUCAAAGACGAGGCUGUCGAUAAAGACGGCACAGCUGUCAACAGCGAGGUUGUCGAAAACAAAGAGACUGUGAAUAACGACACAGCGGCGGCGGACGUAGCGGGAACCGAGGAGGGAGGAACCACGGCGGCAGGCGAGGAUGCACCACCACCUCAGAGCUCCGAAAACACCACUUCCGCUGAACCCAAGACCUCGUUCCUAGACUCCUUCCUCAACAAGAGUGGCCUGGGAAAGGUGAUGGGUGGAAGGAAGAAGAAAGAGCAGAGCGCCCCCGUGGCUGGAGGCGAGGAGGGCGCAGCUGAAGGAGGGGAGAAAGAGGCCGACAAAGGAGGGGAGGAAGCUGCAGCAGCAGCACCGGAGGGAGGAGCAGAAGGAGGUGCAGAAGGCGAGGCAGCGACAGAGAAGGCUGCGGAAAAUGGAGAGAAGGAAGAUGAGAAGAAAGCGGAGAAGGGCAAACCAGCGGAGGCGAAAUCCACAGUUCGAGAUUUGAUCAGGAAGCCUGUGGCGAGAAUCUUCUCCCAUCGCAGCACUGAGAAGAAGGAGGGCGCCGCUGCAGAGCCCCAGAAACCAGUAAAGGUCCGGUCCAAGUCCCUGGACCGGCUGGAAGAUCCCGAAGCACUUAACACCACUGCAGACUCCAUUGUAGAGGAAGGUGGAGCAGCGGGAGGUGCAGAAGGGGAACAGAAAGCCUCAGCCUCUUCGACAACCACUAAGCACAUGAAGCGCUGGCACUCCUUCAAGAAGCUCAUGGCUCAGAAGGCACACAAGAAGACUGGAGGAGGUGAGGAUGGGAAGGAGGAAGGAGCAGAGGGAGAAGGAGGUGGCGGAGACUCCUCCACACUUGACUCCAAAGAGUCAGGCCAGAAGAGGUGGAAGCUCAAACGCUCCUGGACCUUCCAGGGCUUGAAGAGGGACACCUCCAUGUCCGGCAUCAGCGGCAAGGCCAAGGGCUCCGACAAAGACUCCGCUGAAAAUGCCAAGCCUGAGGAGCCUGCAGGAGGAGCUGAGGGAGGAGAGGAAGCAGCAAAGGCAGAGGGAGGAGCAGAAGAGGGCAAGACAGAGGGAGGGGAGGAGAAGGAGAAAGCAGAGGGAGGUGAGGAGGAGAAGGCGGCGGCAGCAGGUGGAACGGUGACACAACACGCCAACGAGAUCUGGACCUCCUUCAAGAAGCGAGUCAUCCCCAAGAGCAAACGCGCCAACACGGAGUGCCACCCUGGAGGCGAGGAGGAGGCGCCUGCGGCCGCUGCCUCAGGUGAGGAAGGCGCCGCAGAGGACGGCAAAGACGGAAAGUCGGCCAAAGCCAAGCGCUCACAUUUUGGCCGUGCGGUUUCCCUGAAGAACUUCAUCAUGCGGAAGGGCAAGUCCACCAGUGUGGACACGGGCGAGGGCGCCAAGGAGGAGGAGGCCGCAGAGGGAGGAGAGGUGGCAGCGGCGACAGAGGAGGGAGGCGCUGACGGCGAAGCUGCCGCAGCAACCGCAGAGGUCAACAACAAAGAUGCAGCGAUAGCAGCUGAGAAGACACCGGCAGAGGAGAGUGGAGCGGAGGUGGCGAAGGAGCCGGAGAAGGAGGUGGAGAAGACGACGGCUGAAGCUCCGGUGACCAACGGGGAGAACGGCUGCUCCAACGGCACAGAGGAGGAGACCACCACACAUAAUCACCAGGAGGAGGAGGAGAAGACGACGGGGAGCAGCCCCAUGAAGAAGAGCAAGGAGGCAGGAGGGGUGCAAGACGAGGCCAACGCCAAGAUCAUCAACGCCACGGCGGCCGUGAACAGCGACAAAAAGGCGGGAAACGUGUGAGGCCACACAAAGAGGAUUAGAACUGCCCGGGAUUCGCUGAGCAAGGAGCUCUGAGCCCCACCCCCCCCAACUCCUCCACUUCCUUGUCCUCUUAUUUCCUCCCCGUCCUCCUCCUCUCUCCCUUCAUCCCUCCCAAUAAAUGGAGUAAUCACGUGUUAUCAGACCAACAUGGUGAGAAACGAGAGACGGAGAGAAAGAUGCAAUUCAUGUAGAUGAGAAGAAAAAUAAUUACUCGGAAAGCAAUAAUUCAAGCCCUUCUUUUUGUCCAUCCAUCCUUCAUCCAUCCAUCCUUCAUCCAUCCAUCCACCCCCCUCUGUCAGAUACAAACAUCCUGUGUUUUCUUUUCUUAAUCCUUUCUUUGCUUGUCUGUGAGAUUUUAUAUUGUCUAUGAGAGAAAAUGAAGAAUAAAAAAUGAAAAUCGAGACAUUCCACUUUCCUCCCCCUUCUCUUCCCGAAGCUCUACCGACUCCUGAUUGGUGGAUUACAUUAAAAAAAAAAAAAAAAAAAAAAAGAGAGAGAGAGAGAAAAAGACUGUUAGUUUUAUAUUGACGGCCAUUUUGGUUUGUAGUCCCCCCCUCUCCUCCUUCUCCUCCUCCUCCUCCUCUUCCUCCUCUUCUUCUUCCCCAUCUUUGCCCCCCGUAGAUAUUUGACAGUACAGCAGGACCAUGUUGCUUCCAUAUAUAAACCGCCCCGAGGACUGCCACUUCCCCACCAACACUGCAAUGUCUUCAGCUCUGUGUGUUUAAUGUUUUUAGACUGUUAUAUUGUGUACAUGAAUUUAAAAAAAAGGAAAAAAAAAAGAAAAUCCAUCAUUGAAUAUUAAAGUCAAACUGUUUCUUUUUGUUUGUUUGUUUUGUUCCCGUUUGGUUUAAAUUCUUCUUUUGUUUUUAUUUUUUAAAACCAUCUUCUCACUGUUACCGACGAUUAUGCUGUAAUUAAAAUAAUAAUAAUAAUGAUGAUGUUUUGUUGGUCCAAGUUUUCACAUGUCCGCUAGCAAAUUGUCAAGAAAAAAAAAUAGUACAAUAAAGACUAAAAUCUAACAACUAAA